CCCGAGAGAGGCCGAUUCCUCCACUUCCACUCUGUGACCUUCUGGGUUGGCAAUGCCAAGCAGGCCGCGUCCUUCUACUGCAGCAAGAUGGGCUUUAAGCCGAUCGCCUACAAGGGCCUGGAGACCGGGUCCAGGGAGGUGGUCAGCCACGUGGUCAAACAAGGGCAGAUUGUGUUUGUUUUCUCCUCCGCUCUCAACCCCUGGAACAAAGAGAUGGGCGAUCACCUGGUGAAACACGGAGACGGGGUGAAGGACAUCGCAUUCGAGGUGGAAGACUGUGACUACAUAGUGCAGAAAGCCCGGCAACGGGGCGCCAAAAUCAUUCGGGAGCCCUGGGUGGAGCAAGAUAAGUUUGGGAAGGUGAAGUUUGCUGUGUGCAGACGGUGAUAUGGGGACACGACACACACCCUGGUGGAGAAGAUGAACUACACCGGCUUCUUCCUGCCUGGAUUCGAGCCCACGACAAACAGAGACCCCGCACUCUCUAAGCUGCCCCAGAGCAACCUCGAGGUCAUCGACCACAUCGUGGGGAACCAGCCCGACCAGGAGAUGCUGUCCGCCUCGGACUGGUACCUGAAUAACCUGCAGUUCCACCGCUUCUGGUCCGUGGACGACACACAGGUGCACACGGAGUACAGCUCGCUGCGCUCCAUCGUGGUGGCCAAUUACGAGGAAUCCAUCAAGAUGCCCAUCAACGAGCCGGCGCCGGGCAGGAAGAAGUCCCAGAUCCAGGAGUACGUGGACUACAACGGGGGCGCGGGCGUCCAGCACAUCGCUCUCAAGACCCAAGACAUCAUCACAGCGAUUCGCCACUUGAGAGAGAGAGGCAUGGAAUUCCUGGAUGUCCCGUCCACGUACUACAAACAGCUGCGGGAGAAGCUCAAGUCGGCCAAGAUCCGGGUGAAGGAGAGCCUUGAUGCCCUGGAGGAGCUGAAAAUCCUGGUGGACUACGACGAGAACGGCUACCUCUUACAGAUCUUCACCAAGCCCAUGCAGGACCGGCCCACGCUCUUCCUGGAGGUCAUUCAGCGCCACAACCACCAGGGUUUUGGAGCCGGCAACUUCAAUGCACUGUUCAAGGCGUUCGAGGAGGAGCAGAACCUGCGGGGCAACCUCACAGACCUGGAGCCCAACGGAGUGAUCCGGGGCAUGUAGACCCGCGAGUCCCGCCUGAGCUGCCGAGGCCCCGCCCACCUGCCAGCGCACGGCGGGCCACGCCCCCUAGCUCUGGAACACGCCCACCCCACCGUCUCUGAACAGCAAGCCCUUCCUACUGGCCAUUUCCUCUAGAUCCCGCCCACCAGCUCGUUGGGACCCCCCCCCCCAAGGUUCCGCCCACCCCCUGACCACGCCCUCGUCCAGGGUAAUAAAGCGGACCGGGAUCCAA